UUGUUAUCUUAGCGUUCUAGUUCGUUAGUUGACUUUACAAACCUUUAAGUUGUUUUGUUGGGACGAGGAGUGCAAUUAUAACUCCGAUUAUCGUAGUUUACAGUAUUUUCGCCAAAUAAUGGACACAUUUGAUGUAUCUAAUAGAAAUAGUUGGUAUUUCGGCUCAAUGUCACGUCAGGAAGCAACAGAAGUACUGAUGAAUGAAAGGGAGCGAGGCGUGUUUUUAGUACGAGAUAGUAACUCUAUUGCUGGUGAUUACGUUUUAUGUGUAAGGGAAGAUACAAAAGUUAGUAAUUACAUAAUAAAUAAAAUUCAGAAGAACGAAAACAUUGUAUAUCGCAUUGGGGACCAAUCUUUUGAAAAUUUGUCGAAAUUGCUUACAUUUUAUACUUUACAUUAUUUAGAUACAACUCCUUUGAAACGGCCAGCUUCGAAGAAAAUAGAAAAAGUAAUUGGAAAAUUUGACUUCGAGGGAACAGUAAGUAGAAUAACACUAAGUUCUAAUAUAUUAUAUAUUUGUUUUACUAUUCACAUUAAACGCGAAAUGGACAGCCAUAUAUUUGGCUAGAAAA